AUGCUUUCCUCUUACACACCUUUCCUCUCUCCUUUCCUCCUUUCCUUCCUUUCCUCACCUCUUGUCCUACUCUUACCAACUUCUCUUUCCUCCCUCCUUUGUGGCCCAUCUCCCCUCUUCUUUCACCCCCUUCCUCACCUUAUGCUUCCUCUUACACACCUUUCCUCUUUCUCCCUCUUUCUUCCCUUCUUUUUGUUCCACGUUUCCUCUUUCUCCUCCUCCUCUUCCCUCUUUCCCUCCCUCCCUCCCUCCCCCAUAACACAUAACUUACCUUCCUCUCCUUCUAUACCUUAUUUUCCUCUCCAAUCGCUUGCUCUCAUUUAUUUUUACUUUCCCCCCUCCUCCCUUACCCCUCAUGUCCUCCUCCCCAUCGUAUGUUUCUCCCCCCACCCCCACCCCCACCCCGUCUUCUUUCAUACCAGCCUCCAUUUCUCAAUAGCUGGCCUCGCUCCCUCAUUCCCUCCGUCUCCUCCUCCUAUAAUUUUUCCCUCCCGCAUUUGCUGCCUCUUUGCUCAUUGCCUUUCCUCCCCUCCUCCCCUUCUGUACCACUACUUGCUGCUCUCCCUUUGCUCUACUUCCCUUUCCCAUCACCCCACUUCCCUUCUUCACCCCGCCACCUGCUCCCCUCAUUCUCCCUCACCCCUAACGUGUACCCUCAUUGCCUUCCUUUUCCUACUCCCCUAUUGCCUCACUAGUUGGUCCCCUUCCUUGCUACCUUCCUCUCCCCUCCCUUACAUCUCACCUCCCGCCACUUCCCUUAAUCUUUCCUCGCCUCACACGUUUACCCUCUUACCUGUGUGUCACCUGCCCCUCUCACUUUCUACCUGGCUGUUGCUCCUCUUCUCCCCCCCCCCCCUUCUCCCUCUGACUCUCACCCCUUCCAUCCCCAGGUUCCUCCUUCCUGUCUUGCUCUUUGGCUGCCCUCUCUCACCUCUCACGUGAUGCCCCUUCCCCCACCUUCUCUCUCUCUCUCUCUCUCUCUCUCUCUCUCUCUCUCUCGCAAGUCUUCAUUAAUGUGGUUUAGGUCUAAGUUAAGAUUCAUCACCAUUAUCAACUUUAACGACAAAAAGAAGUCUAAUAAUAAUGACAACACAAAAAACAGCAACAACUUACCCUCUUCACCUCCAACUUCACCCCAACUUGCCUCCCUUCCUCCCUCCCUUCCUCCCUCCCUCACCUUGCCUUCCGCCAAUCUUCCCUCCUACACGAAACAUUCAAAUCUAACGUACCUUCUCUUUUUUUCUUUUCUUUACCCUCCUCUUACGUUUCCUGUUUUACCUCUCUCCCCGCGGCUUCUUACUCUCCUGAGGCGCCUAGUCUUGGAGGGAGGGAAGGAGAGGAGGGAGAGGUGAAAGGUGAGUGGAGAUUGGAGGAAAGCGAGGGAGAGAGCAUUGAAGCAAGGGAGAAUGUUGAGAGAGAAAGUAAGAAAGACAAACUUUAGAGUGAGAGGAAAGAAAGAGGAAGGGGUGAGGGUGAGAGGGAAAGUAAGAAGGCCAACAGUUGGAGGGAGAGGAAAAGAGGAGGAAGAGGUGAAGGAAAGGAAGGAGGGUGAAAGGGAAAGUGAAAGGGAGGGGGCAUCUUAAUAAGGGAAAUACGAACAGGAAAGUGGAGAGAGGGAGGUGGAACAGUAUGAGGGAAGAAACAGGGGACCGUGGAAGGGAAAGUAAAGAUAGGAAGAGGAAGGAGUGAAAUAAGAGAGGGAGAGAGAUAAAGAGAGUGGGGAAGAGGGGUGGUAUUGUUUGUUAUUCUUCCUCCCCUUCAACUCUCUCCUCACCGGGGAUGUGGGCGUUACUAAGGGCAGCAGGAUCAUGGCUGGAGAACGGAGGAAGGGGGAGGAGGAAGAGGAAGAGGGAGGUAUAUAACGGCUGGAGCUUAGUCGGAAGAAGGGCAGGAGGUGGAAUAAAGGGCAGCGUACGAAGGGGUAAAAAGGCUAGACGUUACUGCCUCAAGACCAAACAUUGUGUCCCUGCCUUGAUGUCUGUGGGUGAGGCGUGGAAAAGGCCGGAAGAUUGGGGUGCGAGCAUGCUAGAUUAUGUAGGGGUAGGAGGUUGAUAAGAAGCCAGAGGAACGGGGUGGGGGUGGGGUGGGGGGGAGCUUGCUGGGUUACGUAGAAGCAGUGGGGAGGUUGAGAACAGGCACAGUAGACAUCUUGAGGUGUAGAAAGGAGCUGGCAGACUGGAUACCUUUAAGGGACUGAGGACAUAUAUAGGCAGAGGGUAAACAGGUAAAAGAAAUCCUGAUACCUUAUAAUGAGAGUUCCUGCUUUAAUGGUGUCAUGCUUUCGUUUUUGCCUGACUGGUAUUUGAUUAGGGAGAAGUGAGAGUGUGAGUGAGAGUGUACCUUAACCCUUACUCCUCGUGCUACUACUGCUGAUUCCUGCCGCGUGGUGACCGCCCGGGGCACUUCCUGUAGGACACUGGGCGGGGCGGGGGCUGGGAGGGUAAGGGACGGCCAGACGAUGGGUUGGGGAGAAUGGUUACGUUGGUUGAAUAGUGGAACGGCUGGUCACCAAAGUAUAACUCGUGUGUGUGUGUGUGUGUGUGUGUGUGUGUGUGUGUGUGUGUGUGUGGGAGGGAGGGAGCGUGAUUCAUGGCGGUGUGCUUUAAAAGGAGUAAUGAGGUCCAUCAGUGUUUGUUGGUUUUUGUUUUGUCCAGUCAUGUUUGUUUACUCUGGGGUGGUGCUGAAAGGCAGGGGCUGUGGAGUGCUGACCUUGGGGGCUGGGGACGAGGAGAAAUCACUAGCUGUUGGUAAGGAAAUGUCAAAAAAUGGGUCACUUGGGAACUAAGGGAAGGCGAGGCUUUGACAUGGGGAGCUGAAGGAAUCAUUUUGGUGUGGACAUGAAGUGUUGACCUGGUGGCUAGGGACGAGAAAUCACUAACUGUCGGUAAGAAAACGUCAAGAAUGCGGCACUUUGGGAUUUGGGGAAGCGAGGCACUGACAUGGGGAUCUGAAGGGAUUGUUUUGGCUUGGGUCAGGCGCGACAGUGACCUGGGGUGUGGAGUCCUAGGAUAUGGUCAUCUGGGGACACCUUGAACCUCCCCGCGCUACCUGGGGGUCGUGGGGGGACGGAUAUUCUUAUUUUAGACGGGAAGCCAACUAGGUGACGUCACUUCUUCUCUGUACGGAGGGAGGAGAAGGGGAGGGGUGCCAGCCUCUCCAGUACCUCUCUCCCUGUCUCGCCCUCUCCUCCCUUUAGCUUCACCGUCGCAUUUGUGUGUCGUGUCAUGGGACAUCUUUUAUCGCGGUAUUUCCCCGGAUUAGUGCCUUAUAUAAUUAGACGAAACUGAGAAAGCUAAAUUUAAAAGAAAAAAUAAACAAAAUUGAAACAAGUGAACAUCAUAAAAAAGUGAACCAUACAAAAAGUGAAAAAAAGAGGAAAUAAGUGAAUAAGAGAGCGAGCCACUUGUGAGGUUAGCGUGAGUUAGCUUUACCAAGUGGCGGAGUGAGGGAGUGUAUAGCAUGCCCCCCGUGGCCCAGACCCCCGGAGUGGUGCCCCCCCACGCCCCAGCCACCAUGGACGACCCCCACCACACCGCCGCCGCCACGACCCCCGCCCACGCCAAUGGUGAGUGUGUGUGUGUGUGUGUGUGUGUGUGUGUGUGUGUGU